AUGCCCGACACCGAUACCGCUGCCGUCGGGCAUCACGAGCCGAGACCCCCCAAACCCCCCGUCGAGCGGGUGACGGACCAGCUCGAGACCCCCUCCCUCGAUGAUCGCACCUAUCGCGUGGUGAGACUGUCCAACAAGCUCGAGGCCUUGCUUGUACACGAUCCAGAGACGGAUAAGGCCAGCGCCGCCCUGGAUUGCAAUGUCGGAAACUUUAGCGACGAGGAGGACAUGCCGGGCAUGGCCCACGCUGUCGAACACCUGCUGUUCAUGGGCACCAAAAAGUUCCCUAUCGAGAACGAAUACUCACAGUACCUCUCCAACAAUUCAGGCAGCUCCAACGCCUAUACCGGCGCGACCUCGACCAACUACUUUUUUGACGUCUCUGCGAAGCCUGCCGAUGACCAAGAACCCACGGCCGAGAACCCGUCACCAUUCAAGGGCGCUCUCGACCGCUUUGCACAGUUCUUCAUCGAGCCUCUGUUCCUCGAGUCAACUUUGGAUCGCGAGCUGCGCGCGGUAGACUCGGAGAACAAGAAGAACCUGCAGAACGAUCAAUGGCGGCUGCAUCAGCUGGAAAAGUCUCUGUCCAACCCGAAGCAUCCAUUCUGCCACUUCUCGACCGGCAACUUGGAGGUUCUCAAGGCGCAACCAGAGUCCAAGGGCAUCAACGUGCGCGCAAAAUUCAUGGAGUUUCACGACAAGCAUUAUUCGGCGAAUCGCAUGAAGCUGGUUGUCCUGGGACGGGAACCUUUGGACGUUCUUGAGCAGUGGGUCGCUGAGUUCUUCUCUGCAGUGCCCAACAAGGAUCUGCCGCCGAACCGGUGGGAGGACGAAGUGCCCUUCCGAGAGAGCGAGCUCGGUGUUCAGGUCUUCGCCAAACCAGUCAUGGAUUCGCGCGAGCUGAAUCUCUUCUUUCCCUUCCUGGAUGAGGAGAAUAUGUACGAGUCUCAGCCCAGCAGAUACGUGAGCCACUUGAUUGGCCACGAGGGCCCCGGUAGCAUCAUGGCCUACGUGAAGGAGAAAGGGUGGGCAAACGGACUGAGUGCUGGUGCUUACCCGGUCUGCCCGGGCUCCCCUGGUAUCUUUGACUGCCAGAUUCGUCUGACUGAGGAGGGCCUCAAGAACUACAAGGAAAUCGUCAAGGUCUUCUUCCAGUACGUUGCGCUUCUCCGGGAAGCGCCGCCGCAGGAAUGGAUCUUUGACGAGCAGAAGGGCAUGGCCGACGUCGACUUCAAAUUCAAGCAAAAGACCCCCGCGAGCCGAUUCACGAGCAAGAUCAGUUCCGUCAUGCAGAAGCCCCUCCCUCGGGAGUGGCUUCUCAGCGGAUACAGCCGGUUGAGAAAGUUCGACUCCGGGCUGAUCGAAAAGGGCCUGGCAUGCCUGAGACCGGACAACUUCAGAAUGACGAUUGUGUCACAGAAGUUCCCUGGUGACUGGGACCAGAAGGAGAAGUGGUAUGGCACCGAGUACCGCCACGAGAAGAUCCCCGAAGACUUCAUGGCCGAGAUCAAGAAGGCCGUCUCGAGCUCGGCCUCGGAGCGUCUCAAAGAGCUCCAACUCCCUCAUAAGAACAACUUCAUUCCCACCAAGCUCGAGGUCGAGAAGAAGGAGGUCAAAGAGCCGGCUCUGUCCCCGCGUGUCGUCCGAAACGACAGCCUCGCCCGGACGUGGUUCAAGAAGGACGACACGUUCUGGGUGCCCAAAGCCAAUCUGGUCAUCAGCUGCCGAAACCCCAACAUCUACUCGACCGCGGAGAACGCCGUCAAGGCAAGGUUUUUUACCGACUUGGUCCGCGACGCUCUGGAGGCCUACUCGUACGACGCGGAGCUGGCAGGCCUGCAGUACAGUGUCUCGCUCGACGCCCGCGGCCUCUUCCUCGACCUCAGCGGAUACAACGACAAGCUGGCCGUCCUUCUGGAGCAGGUCUUGAUCACGAUCCGGGACCUCAAAAUCAGGGAUGAGAGAUUCGACAUCAUCAAGGAGCGCCUCAACCGCGGGUACAACAACUGGGAGCUUCAGCAGCCGUUCAGCCAGGUCUCGGACUACACGACGUGGCUCAACUCGGAGCGCGACUUCGUCGUGGAGGAGUACUUGGCCGAGCUUCCGAGUGUCACCGCCGAGGACGUGCGGCAGUUCAAGAAGCAGAUGCUCUCACAAAUUCACAUCGAGUCUUAUGUGCACGGAAACCUUUACAAGGAGGACGCGCUCAAGCUUACGGACAUGGUCGAGAGCAUCCUGAAGCCCCGCGUGCUUCCGCGACCCCAGUGGCCUGUGAUCCGCUCGUUGGUCAUUCCUCCGGGAUCGAACUACGUCUACAAGAAGACGCUCAAGGACCCGGCCAACGUCAACCACUGCAUCGAGGUGUGGCUCUAUGUCGGAGACAAGGGCGACAGGCUCGUCCGGGCCAAGACGAUGCUUCUUGACCAGAUGUGUCACGAGCCGGCUUUCGACCAGCUCCGAACCAAGGAGCAACUGGGGUACGUCGUCUUCAGCGGAGCCCGGAGCUUUUCGACCACGUACGGAUUCAGGUUCAUCAUCCAGAGCGAGCGAAUGCCCGAGUACCUCGAGUCGCGAAUCGAGGCGUUCCUCAACCUCUUCUCCAACACGCUGGACUCCAUGUCGGACGCAGACUUUGAGGGCCACAAGCGCAGUCUGAUCGUCAGACGGCUGGAGAAGCUGAAGAACCUGGACCAGGAGAGCAGCAGACACUGGGCCCAGAUCGCCAGCGAAUACUACGACUUUGAGCUCCCCCAACAAGAUGCCUCGCACAUCAAGACGCUUACCAAGACAGACAUGGUCGAGUUCUUCCAGAGGUACAUCAAGCCCGGCUCGCCAACGCGGGCCAAACUUUCGGUACACCUACGCGCCCAAGCCACCGCACCGGCAAAGGAAGGGGCCGACGCCAAGGUCAAUGGUGUCGCCAAGGUGGACGACGAGGAGGAGGCCCAGGUGGCGAGCGACUCCAAGCCGCCGGUUCUCAUCGAGGACGUCCGCAGCUUCCGGGCGGGACUCGUUGCGACCUGCGGGGCGCGGCCUGCCAAGGAUCUGGCCGAGUACGAAGACACUGAUGCCAAACUAUGA